AUGGCGGCGACUACGUUCAUAGCCUCGACAUUAGGAGCCUCGAUCGCUGAGCAGGUGGCAGGGAAGGCUGCUGGCUCGUCUGUCGGCGCACCAGCUCAGCGGAACCAGAGUAGCCGAAAAGGCAAGCGCGCCUGGAGGAAAAAUGUCGACCUGGACGAAGUUGAGGAAGGCUUGGAGGAGCUUCGGACGGAGGAGCGGCUCACUGGGACCGCGCUACAAAAGAAAAAAGAUGAGGAGCUGUUCCAGGUCGAUGUCGCUGGAGACGAUCAGAUCCGCAAAACCCUCCCGAAAUUCUCAGAGCGCGUGCUCACGUCCACCAAAAUCCUUGCCCAACGCUCCGCCGUCCCUGCCGUCUUCUCUCGCGCGUCUGCGUCAUCCUCAUCGUCAACGACUAAGGCCGAAAAGCGUAAAUUGGUCACACAUGAGGACAAGAGCAAGCUGCUCAGGAUAGGCCAGAAGCUGAGGCGUGGGCCAUUCAAUGCGUAUGUGGACCCAGAUCAGGUCGGAGAGGGGAGCGCGAUGCUAGAGUUGAGCGAGGCGGCAAAGAAAGCUGGGACGUACGACGUGUGGGCUGAGGAGGUGCCCGAGAGUGUGCCGGUCAAGGCACCUCAAUCGCAUCAUCCCCGUUCGCUCAUCUCCCUAGCAGCUGUGCCCUCGCCGCAUGAGGGCCAGUCUUAUAAUCCUCCUCUAACCUCGCAUCAAGAGCUUCUCCGUGCGGCAAACGAAGUGGAAGAGCAGAAGUACAAGGGCGUGGACGAGCUGGAGGCGAUGAAGGCCAAGAUGGAGCAGGCGCGGCAGAUAGCGGCAGCAGAGGCAGCAGUUCACGUCGCAGCGGGCGUCGCCCCUGGCAUGACAGUUCCGGAGAUCGCUGACCAAGCCGACGAGGAGGAGGGCGAGGGAGCGGAGCCACCGCCGCCAAAGAAGGUGCCAGAGAGGAAGACCAAGCAGCAAAGGAAGAAGGCUGAGAAAUUGCGUGCGGAGAAGCGCGCUUUGGCGGAGAAGGCUGCGCGGAAACGGAUGCUCGCGUCCGUCGACUCCGCGAAAGCACUCCGCAAAUCUAUCGCACGCGACCUCGCAACGCGCGAGCGACUCCGUGCACAGCGACAGGCGCAGAUGCAGGAGAAGCUCAAGCGAGGGCUGGCAGGACAGAAGAUUGGGAAGCAUAAGGUCCCCGAGGGUGAGAUCGAUGUCCAGCUCGGGGAGGAGCUCAGCGAGAGCUUGCGUGCGCUUAAGCCUGAGGGUAACUUGUUUAGGGAUCGGUUCGUUAGCAUGCAACAUCGUGCGCUCAUCGAGCCGCGCGCCGUCGUUACUACCAAGAAGGCGAGGCGCAAGACAAAAGAGUACGAGAAGCACUCGUACAAGAAGUUCGACAGGGAGUAUUAA